AUGUCUCCCGACAUGUCCCGUCAGGCGAUGUCUCUGGACCUGAUGUCCCGUCAGGCGAUGUCUCCGGACCUGAUGCUCCCUCAGGCGAUGUCUCCGGACCUGAUACUCCCUCAGGCGAUGUCUCCCGACAUGUCCCGUCAGGCGAUGUCUCCGGACAUGAUGUCCCGUCAGGCGAUCUCUCCCGACAUGUCCCCUCAGGCGAUGUCUCCGGACCUGAUACUCCCUCAGGCGAUGUCUCCGGACCUGGUGUCCCGUCAGGCGAUGUCUCCGGACAUGAUGUCCCGUCAGGCGAUCUCUCCAGACAUGUCCCGUCAGGCGAUGUCUCCGGACCUGAUGUCCCGUCAGGCGAUGUCUCCGGGCCUGGUGUCCCGUCAGGCGAUGUCUCCGGACCUAAUGCUCCCUCAGGCGAUCUCUCCGGACCUGAUGUCCCGUCAGGCGAUGUCUGCCGACAUGAUGCUCCCUCAGGCGAUGUCUCCCGACAUGAUGUCCCGUCAGGCGAUGUCUCCGGACCUGAUGUCCCGUCAGGCGAUGUCUCCGGACCUGAUGUCCCGUCAGGCGAUGUCUCCGGACCUGAUGCUCCCUCAGGCGAUGUCUCCGGACCUGGUGUCCCGUCAGGCGAUGUCUGCCGACAUGAUGCUCCCUCAGGCGAUGUCUCCGGACCUGAUGCUCCCUCAGGCGAUGUCUCCGGACCUGAUGUUCCGUCAGGCGAUGUUUCCCGACAUGAUGUCCCGUCAGGCGAUGUCUCCGGUCCUGAUGUCCCGUCAGGCGAUGUCUCCGGACCUGAUGUCCCGUCAGGCGAUCUCUCCGGACCUGAUGUCCCGUCAGGCGAUGUCUCCGGACGUGAUGUCCCGUCAGGCGAUCUCUCCGGACCUGAUGCUCCCUCAGGCGAUCUCUCCGGACCUGAUGUCCCGUCAGGCGAUGUCUCCGGACCUGAUGUCCCGUCAGGCGAUGUCUCCGGACCUGAUGUCCCGUCAGGCGAUGUCUCCGGACCUGAUGUCCCGUCAGGCGAUGUCUCCCGACAUGAUGCCCCAAUCAGACGAUGUCUCCGGGCGUGAUGUCCUAUCACGCGGUCUCCCCGGACCUGAUGUCCCGUCACGCGGUCUCCUCGGACGUGAUGUUCAGUUUUAA